AAUUCAGUGCUCAAGAGGUGUUCGACCCGAAACGCAUGACCUGUAGAGUGAGAGGAGGCCCCGCUUUGAAGGGCCAUUUGUUUGGGAAAUGGUUCAAAGCUAUUCCCAGCACAUAAAACCCUGGUUCGAUAAGGGGGCCAAGGCUUUCGCCAUUGUUUGUGUCAACUGUUCCUUCCAAUGGGAGCCCACGUCUGUCCUUGCGCUUCUUUCCCCUCUAAAUUGUGACCUUCACUCCUCUUCUUUAGAUUUUCUUGCUUGGAGUUUCUCGUUUUAUGAUUUAUCUCUCUCCAGAAAACCCAGAAGGUAAGAAGCAGAGGGCAAGCGUCGAAGGCCGAGUAAAAGGAAAAAACCCCAUUUCCGCCCUCUUCCCAAUGCUGCUUCUCUUUUGUUCUGCUCUACACGUCUCUGAGGAAUUGGGAAAAAGAUUUGCUGUAGAAUCGGGAGAUUAAUUGCUUGGGACUCUGAUUUCUUGACAAUUAUUUGAGCAGCCUUAACUUCUGUGAUUUGGGAAUUACCAUUUUGAAAUGGCGACUUGUCUGUCGCCGUGUUUUAGACCUCCUGAUACUCGAAAUCCAGUUGGGAUGCUAUCUGUUUUUAGAGGGAGAGUUCAUUCUGUGAAGACGAUUGAUGAUAAAACUGGGUUUUGGGUUGUCACUGAAAAGACUGCAUUGUGUUCAUCUCGUUUUCAAUGUUCAUCCAACUCCCAUAGUGUCGGUCACUAUCAGAGUAAAGACCCUUUUCUCGAUCUACACCCUGAAAUAUCUAUGCUUCGAGGAGAGGGGAACACCACGGUAAACAAUCCCAGAAAGGAUAGUUCAGGUGGAAGUGUAACUGAGAAUUUGAAAGACUCCUUCAGUCCGAGUAAUUAUAAUGAAGCGAAGAUCAAAGUUGUUGGUGUUGGAGGCGGUGGGUCAAAUGCGGUCAAUCGAAUGAUAGAAAGUUCUAUGAAGGGUGUUGAGUUUUGGAUUGUCAACACAGAUGUUCAAGCCAUGAGAAUGUCGCCUGUAUUUCCGGAGCAGCGCUUACAAAUUGGUCAGGAGUUGACUAGAGGUCUUGGCGCUGGUGGAAACCCAGAUAUUGGCAUGAAUGCUGCCAAAGAAAGCAAAGAAGCAAUAGAAGAGGCAGUUUAUGGUGCAGACAUGGUCUUUGUUACGGCUGGAAUGGGUGGUGGAACUGGCACUGGUGGGGCUCCUAUAAUUGCAGGGAUUGCAAAGUCUAUGGGUAUCUUGACUGUUGGGAUUGUCACAACACCUUUUUCUUUUGAGGGACGUAAAAGAGCAGUUCAGGCUCAGGAAGGAAUUGCAGCCUUGAGAGACAAUGUUGACACAUUGAUUGCCAUUCCAAAUGACAAACUAUUGACUGCAGUUUCCCAAUCUACCCCAGUGACAGAAGCAUUUAACCUGGCAGAUGAUAUUCUUCGACAAGGUGUUCGUGGUAUAUCUGAUAUAAUUACGAUUCCAGGGCUAGUUAAUGUGGAUUUUGCUGAUGUGCGGGCUAUCAUGGCCAAUGCUGGUUCCUCAUUGAUGGGGAUAGGAACUGCUACCGGGAAGACCAGAGCAAGAGAUGCUGCACUAAAUGCCAUCCAAUCACCUUUACUUGACAUUGGCAUAGAGAGGGCAACUGGAAUUGUCUGGAACAUUACUGGUGGAAGUGAUUUGACCUUAUAUGAGGUAAAUGCUGCAGCUGAGGUUAUAUAUGACCUUGUUGAUCCAAGUGCCAACUUAAUAUUUGGAGCGGUGAUAGAUCAGUCACUAAGUGGCCAAGUCAGUAUUACCCUAAUUGCUACUGGAUUCAAACGCCAAGAAGAAGGUGAAGGGAGACCUCUCCAGCAGGUCGGUCAGCUGGCACAGGGUGAUGUAGGCUUUGGAAUCAAUCGACGACCUUCUUUCAGCGAAGGCAGUUCAGUGGAGAUUCCCGAGUUCCUGAAGAAGAAAGGGCGGUCACGCUAUCCGAGGGCUUGAACCAUUUCCCACUCCAUUGUAUACUUUCCCCAUUCUCAAGUUACACCUGAGAUUUGAGAGUGAAUCAAAGCUCCUUGCCAAUGUCAUCUCAUUCCCAUUGUCAGUGGUUUCCCACUCCCUGCGACAUGCACAGCAGAAACCACUUCUUAAAAUAGUUUUAUGGGUUUGUAUAUUGCUAUCAAAGCCUGUUAUAUUCCUUCCCUAAAUGUUCCAAUAAUUCCCAUGAAUUACAGAGGAAGUAAAAGCUUUUGUGUAACAACAUGCUGGACUUCCUCAGUAGCUUUUAAAUAAUAAUGAAAAUUAAAUCUAUUCAACAA